AUGGCGUCAACAGCAACAGCAGCGCGGACAUUUCUCGCCUUCCACCACGACGCAAAGCUCUACAAGCUCCCGACCCUCGUGACGGCCGUGCACGCAUUCUCGGCCCUGGAAGAGGCCAACAGACUGCUGUUCAAGAAGAAGAAUGACGAUGGUGAUGCGGACGAUCACGCCCACCACGUUGUCGUCACGGAGAAGACCAUCUUCCACCCGCAGGGCGGCGGACAGCCCUCGGACGUGGGCUCGAUGACGGGCCCGUCCGGUGCCGUGUUUGACGUGCUGGCCGUGCGCAUGGAUGCCGUGCGGGACGGGCAGGUGUUGCACUUUGGCCGCUUCACCGGCACCGGCGCAUCUCCCACCACCACCACCACCACCCCUCCUUCCCCUUUCCAGCCCGGCGAGGAAGUCACCCAGUCCAUAGACCAAGAAAAGCGCCUCCUGUACUCCCGCCUGCACACAGCAGGCCACGUCCUGGGCGCCGCCGUCCGCCACCUCUGCGAGGCCUCGAUCCCAGGCUUUGACGAGCUCAAGGCCUCGCACUUUCCUGGCUCGGCGGCCUGCGAGUUUGCGGGGCUGCUGGAGGGGAAAUGGAAGCCCGCCAUCCAGGAGAAAGUGGACGCUUACAUCGCCGCCGCCUUGCCUGUGGAGAUUGAGUGGUGGGAUGAGGACGAGUUUCGCCGGCGGGGGCUGGAGAGGUUGAUCCCCGGCGGAGAUGGGCUGGGGCUGGCGCCGGGCGACAAGUUUCGCGUGGUGAAUAUUGUUGGGGCUGAGGUGUAUCCUUGUGGGGGCACGCAUGUGGACACGACGGACCAGUGUGGGGAGACUAAGGUGACCAAGAUUUCGAGGAGUAAAGGGCAGUCGAGGGUGAGCUAUACAGUCGUGUGAGGCAGAGAGUGUACAUUUGACUGUACGUAGACUUUGGUCAAAGUGACACGGGCUGUUUGGGGUAUGAAGGAUCUCUGGCCUAUGCAUCUGGUACGGUACAUGUCCUGGGCACAUAUUAUACAUCAUAUAGAACAAGAGGAAGUCGGUUCAUAGCAGACAUCCAUGUUGGAC